AUGAGCAAGCGCUGCCGGCGUCGCUUCUUGCACGCUGCCCGCACGCACUUUGACCGGAUGAUCGCUCAGAUGGCGCAGUCUUUGCGAGGAAAGCUCACGGAGGUCUCUGCAGAAGCGCACCGUGAGCUGAGCCAACAGCUGACCGCCUCGCUGGUGGAUGGGAAGACCGUUCUCUUUGAAGAUGCAGGAGCUCUGGGCGACUACACCUUGAAGCGGCUGCGCCCGCGCUGCCGCGCUUUGCUGGAGGUUUUGUUGGCAGAAGACAGUGUCUUGGUGCUGGAGAGCAUCUUGAAGCGCUUCGAACUUGCUGAACGGGAAAAGCGGGAACUACGAGUUGUAAGCCUGGGUGGUGGCCCAGGCUUCGAUGCCGUCGCAUUGCUUGCAGCCAUGGAGUCCUUUCGAGAAGCCCAGCUCCAAGAGCGGACCCACACCGUGGCCGAUCUGCGACCAAACACCAUGGACCCGCUGGACGGACCGCGGCCCCUGCGAUGCCACGUCUUGGAUUUGGCACCUGCAUGGGCUCCCGCGUUAGUGGCGCUCAGAUCUGCGGCCACUGAGAUUUGGCCGAUCUGCGCGGAGGAUUUUUUGCAGCUCAUGGCACCCAUCGACCUGCGAGAGUGUGACAACUCUCAAGUCAUCGAGGAAAUCAGCACUGCGGAUCUGGUGAUCGCGUCUUAUGUUUUACAUGAAAAUGAAGCAGCCUUGUUAAAAGAUGGCCUGCUGGCUGGAGCAAUUCCUGAUGUGUUCAGGUCCGUCCCACUUGGUGUCCCUUUGAUCUUUUUGGAUGCGACACAUCGCCUUUGGCCGGCCCUAGUUCACACAGCAGAGUUGCAGGGCCAUUUCUCUGUCACGAUUCCAGAAGGCAUGACUUCUCACAUCCACGCAGUGGUUUUCAUCCGCGAGGAGGGUGUGGAGCAAAGGAAACCAGACGAAAUUUACGUGCCGUGUUUUGAGACCUUUUCUGCACACCAGAAAGCAAACCAAGCCCGGCUUCAACGAUUAAAUACAAAAUUCUAA